GUGCUCGCCCCGAGCGGGGGGGCACCGCCGAGACGCGCCGAACUUGGCCUUCGGAAAGGGCACUCGGGCCAGGGUCCCGGAGACAGCCGAGCGGCGCCGCACGGAACCGAACAGAGCCGGAGAGACCCGAAUCCGACCGGAGGAGAGCAGGCGGCCGGAAGCGGCGCCGAGCGCAGCCGGAACAAGCCGAGCCCGCCCGAAGGGGCUGAGCCGCGUUGGGCGUUGGACCGGGUCGAGCCCGAUCCAUGGCGGCGGAGGGGGCCGCUGUGGCCGGAGGCGGUGCAGCCAGCGGCCGCCUGGCCCAGGACAGCUUGCGGCAGUCUAAGUGCCCAGACGCGGCCCAGAACCGGCGGCGCGGCUCGGCGCAGUCGCAGGACGCCCAGCGCCGAGCCUUCCAGUGGUGCCGGGAGUACCUGGGCGGGGCGUGGCGCCGACUGCGGCCGGAGGAGCUGAGGGUGGACCCCGUGAGCGGAGGCCUCAGCAACCUGCUCUUCCGCUGCUCGCUGCCGGACCACCUGCCCAGCGUUGGCGAGGAGCCCCGGGAGGUGCUGCUGCGGCUGUAUGGGGCCAUCCUUCAGGGCGUGGACUCCUUGGUCCUUGAAAGUGUGAUGUUCGCCAUCCUUGCAGAGCGGUCUCUGGGGCCCCAGCUCUACGGAGUCUUUCCAGAGGGCCGGCUGGAGCAGUACAUCCCAAGCCGGCCACUGAAAACGCGAGAGCUUGCAGAGCCCGUGCUGUCUGCAGCCAUCGCCACGAAGAUGGCCCAGUUCCACGGCAUGGAGAUGCCUUUCACUAAGGAGCCCCACUGGCUGUUUGGGACUAUGGAGCGGUACCUGAAGCAGAUCCUGGACUUGCCCCCCACGGACCUCCCCCAGAUGAACCUGCUGGAGAUGUACAGCCUGAAGGACGAGAUGGGCAACCUCAGGAAGUUGUUAGACUCCACCCCAUCACCAGUGGUCUUCUGCCACAAUGACAUCCAGGAAGGAAACAUCUUGUUGCUCUCAGAGCCAGGAAAUGCCGACAGCCUCAUGUUGGUCGACUUUGAGUACAGCGGUUACAACUACAGGGGCUUUGACAUUGGGAACCAUUUUUGUGAGUGGGUUUAUGAUUAUACUCAUGAGGAGUGGCCUUUCUACAAAGCGCAGCCUGCAGACUACCCCACCCGGGCACAGCAGCUCCAUUUUAUUCGCCAUUACCUGGCAGAGGUAAAGAAAGGUGAGACCGUCUCCCAAGAGGAGCAGAGGAAACUGGAAGAAGACCUGCUGGUAGAGGUUAAUCGGUAUGCCCUGGCAUCCCAUUUCUUUUGGGGUCUCUGGUCCAUCCUCCAGGCAUCCAUGUCCACCAUAGAAUUUGGUUACUUGGAGUAUGCCCAGUCUCGGUUCCAGUUCUACUUCCAGCAGAAGGGACAGCUGACCAGCUUCCAACCCCCAUCCUGACUCUCCACCCCAACGCUUUGGAUUUUCCUGGAGCCUCCAAGGCAGGACCUUGGAGGGAGGGGCAAAGUCCAAAAGGCCCUGGGGACUGGGCUGAGCCCCCUGUGACAUGGGUUGAGGAGACUGACCUCUCCCACAGUAUGAGCAGGUCCCCACAGUAGGCAAGCGGGCGGGAGCCCCUGGGCUGUGCGCCUUAAGACAAUAAACGAGCUUCUUCCUUCA